AACCGGAAGUCAGGAGGAUCAGCCAUAACCAGCUUGGGGGGGGGGAGGAGAGCUCCCUUCAAUUGCAAUGGGAUGCCUCAUGAGGUAGUGAGCUCCCCAUCGAUGGAAGUAUCCAACUGGAAAUUGGACGAACCCUUGUUGGGAAUCUUAUAGAAGAGAUUCUUCCUCAGAUGCCAUGUGGCCUUUGUUUUGGACAGCGAUUCGUGCCUAUGCCCCCUAUGUCACUUUCCCUGUGGCCUUUGUGGUGGGGGCUGUGGGCUACCACUUGGAGUGGUUCAUCAGGGGGAAGUCACCCCAGCCUGUGGAGGAGGAGAAGAGCAUCUCAGAGCGUCGGGAAGACCGAAAGCUGGAAGAGCUGUUAGGCAAGGACCUCACGCAGGUGGUGAGCCUUAAGGACAAGCUUGAAUUUGCUCCUAAAGCUGUAUUGAACAGAAACCGUCCUGAAAAGAGUUAAUGGAGGGCCCUUCCAAAGGCCUGUAUAAGUGGCAGUCCACGGCCACCAUCUCUGCCCCACCCUUCCUAGAACCUGCAUCUGGUUUACUUGGCUUCUUGUUCUGGCCCUCUUUCCUCCUCCUCCCCCUCCUCCUCCUCCCCUGUAUCCACUCUUCCUCCUCCCCUGUAUCCACUCUUCCUCCUCUUGAUUGCCAGGUUGGCUCCAUCAGUCUCUGUGGGCACUUUGCUGCUACCACCCGAUGAUUAUGCUGCUGUCCAGCCUGUGGAGAGACACUAUCAAAGGAAACUCAUGUUCCUGGCCAGGGAGGCUGCCCUUUGUUUCAAGGUGGCUACAACUGCUUGGCCUUCCUGAGCUUGGAACUCUGCUGAUGGGGGAGUUGGCUUACUGUGCCCCCAGUACGAGGUUGGCCUUGGCCCUGUGACUGCCCUUUGAUGACUAGUGAAAGAUCAGCUAUCGGUCUCCAGGGGGAGUCUUGAGUUUGGCUUCGUGCGAGCACAGUCAGCGUUUGGGAUUGGCUUUUGUCUCAUUCUGGAGGCUGCUUAGUGGGAUGUCUGUGGGAUGUCACUGGCAUUCCUGGGCCCAGAAUGCAUUGGGGUGAAUUCUAAAACCAGUCUGUCUCUUCUCCCAUCCCAUCCAUUCCCCGGUUCUUAUUCUUCCUGGGAGCUCUCCCUUUGUGCUCUGGAAGGGGAGUGCAUUCUCAAGGGAAGGAGAGCCAUUGCUGUUAGAGGGAGGCCAGGCUGUUCCUGCUGGGAGGAGGGGGAGCGUCUCUGCUGAAUUGGCUUGGAAACACCCCCUUUCCUGUAGAGUACAAACCCAAUUAAACUGGAGCCUGAGAA